GACAAUAACUACUACUGAUUCUAGAUCUAUAUCUGAUCUGCCUAAGGCCUAAUAAUUUAUAAAAUUUAUUUCUAGUUACACAAAUUGAAAUAGAAAUAUGGUUAAAAAAUUUAGCAGUAGCUCAAAUUUAUAUCGAAAUACCUGUAGAUUUAGAAAAUUUUAGUAAUAGUAGCAUGCAAAAGGCUGCACAUAAUAUUAUUAUUAUAGAAUACGUUUGAAAUGUGUAAUAUUUCUUUAACUAUGCAUUAAGUGAUAGCCGAUUUUUUAAAACACAAAACAGCACAUGUAAACAUUAUGAUGUUUAGACUAUCUUAAAAUUAAGAAGAUUAAAAAAAAAAUUGUAUGUUCCAGUGCUUUAGUUAUACAGUGGACUCUUCCAACAUCAUAUUACACAAAGAUAUGUCGCUCAGCCUUAGAUCUCAGAAACAUUUGAACCAGAUGAUAGAAUCUUUACAAGAGCAACAAGCUGAACUACAGGAUCUUUUGAUUCACUAUGUCCAGCAGAUCUCAAAGACUGCUUGUGACUGGAUCACAGCAGUAGACAAAAGUUAUCUGACAUUUGAAGAGGUCCAUUCUGUUGUAUCAGCAGGUAGCAGGAAACUGCUUGGUCUUAUCAACUGUUUAACAGAAGCCACCAGAAAGGAUGAAGAAUUAAAUGUGGUAGAUCUGGCGCCUGUUAAAAAAAUGUCUGUUGAUUCGUGCGAAAAAGCUGAAAGUUACAAGAAAAUUAUAUCAAGACUGGAAGCAUUGGAAGAUAAUGUUUCUUCUUUAAGGGACACAACUCAGCAGCUACAGGAUGAAGAGAAAGAAACCAAGCUGUGGAAAAAUGAGAUUGUAACAUGGCAAGGUCAGACAGAGAACAAACUAGAGGAGUUAGAUGGGGAUCAACGAGGAAGAACCAAAAACUGCAUUAAAAAAAUUAAAGAUUUAGGGGCUAAACUAACAGAUGUGCAGCUUGAAGUUAGAGAAAUUUUGAUUAGAGAACAAAAGGAUAGCAAAAAGCUUGAGAGUGUGUGUAAAGCUAUAGCUAGUACAGAACAAGAUCUAGCACAGUUACAUACUAAGGUUAUUUCUUUGAAUGAUAGCUCUGAAACAACUAGAGAAGAAAUGAACAGUAUGUGUACAGCUUUAGCAAAUACAGAAGAAGAAUUAACACAGGUGUCCACCAAGGUUGUUUCAUUGACAGAAUUGACUGAAGUAACAAGAGAAGAAAUUAAACAUAUGUACAGUGCUGUUGGUAAACUUGAAGUUGAAUCAAAACAAACAAAAACUACUUUUGAAGAGCAGCUGAAUAAAGUAGAUUCAAAGAACAGCGUGUUGUGCAGACUAUUUCUACACAAAUUGUUGCCCAUUGAAAAAUUAUUUCCUGCUAUUAACAAAGCAGUAAUAAGUACCAAAUUCAAUAACAAUCAGCUUAGUCUGCUACAAAAAGAUUUAACAAAUUUAACACAGGAAUUACACACAUUGCAACUGAAACCAAAACAGGAAGGUGUUUUCAUAGGUUUUACAGCUUCUUUCUAUGAAGUGUGCAAAUUUCUUCACAACACUAUAAUUAAGGGAUAUAACUGCAUAUUCUGCAAUGUAGGAAAUGGGUUUAACCCAGAAUUGGGAGUAUUUACUGCCCCUGUUGAUGGUCUGUACGUUGCUCACUUUAGUUUUAAGCAAAUCAACAGUGGCUCACUGUAUUUAGAAAUGGUACAUAGCUCUCCUGUGUGUGAAAAUGAAGUUAGUUACAUGAAGACUGAGCGCAAUGAUUCAGCAGAUGGGUGUAGCACAGUUGUUGUAAUGAAAACUGAUGAUAGACUAUUUGUCAAAUUAAAGUAUGCUGCUGGUAAAGCUCUGUUGUCAAAUUGUUCUCAAUUUUCUUGUUUUCUUGCAAAUGUUUGAAUACUUCAAUUCCAGUAUAAUUAAAACACAGUACUAGUUAUUAUAGUUAUAACUGUCAUAUAAUUAAUCAGAUGAAAUAAUUUUCAAAUUAUUUACACUUUUGAAUAAUUAGUCAUUAUGUUUAAUUAGUGUUAUUAUAAUAUAGAAUUUAAUUACAUCAAGUAUAACUCUACAUAAUUUGUUUAAGUUAUACAUCUUGAUGAAUAUUUAAUAAUAUUUAGAAAAAGUAAACUUUGGUAACAUUUUGUCACAGAAAAGGUGAAGAGGUUUCAAGGUUAACACUGUCUUUUAUAUGUUUUGUUUUUAUUUAUUGUAUUUAUAAUCAAUUGUUUUAGUUCCAAGCAUAGUGUGAUUUAAUUAUAACAAUUAAUUUCAUUAAAACACU